AUGAGGGAUGAGGCACCUGUCUCCUCUCCAGUGAGGUCGAAUACCUUGACUCCCCCAGACAACCCCCCACACCAGGGUAUCGACCUUGGACGGGACAUCUGUCUCGGUGGAGGGCUCAACUGGUUCUGGAACGUACCAGACAAGGAGCCUCUCGAGGGGAGGAUCAAAAGGCUCGAGGAUGACUUCCGUACGUUGAAGGAAACGAGGUCCUUGGACUUGAAAAACGUAGAGAACGAUAUUCAGAGCGAUCGUUCUCGGAUUAAGAGGCUGGAGACCUCGCAUUCCGGACUGAAGGAGGACAAAAGGGCCCUCCAUAAGAGGGUCACCACCCUGAAAGAGACCCUUGAGCAUAAAGUCAAGGUGGAGGUUGGGGAGGGGAUUUUGCGCCAGCGCCGACAGCCUGGCAAGGAGUGGUCAAUGGAUGAGAUCGGCGGUGGGGAGGGCAGCGUAAAUUGCAGUAUAAUUAUCGGAAUGGAGAACCAGAUGUCCAGCAGUGGACUUGCAAUAAUCACUUCUACGAGUAGCUCAUUAUAG